UUGACAGAGGCUGCGACUGCGAGUGCUGACACCUGGUUGAGUCGAGUGGCACCUGCCUCUGGAACUUCAAGAUUAGAAAUUUUACCCUAUCACCGGGAGGCACCAUCGGUCGAUUCUAGCAGCCUCGAUAGUCCUGUUGGUGAGAUCUUGCCGUACCGUAGCCCAGAAGAAGCCAUUGAUCCUUGUUUCUUUAAUACUGCUUUCGUUCCGCCUACUGUUUAUAUUAUUGAUCAUUAUCGGCCCAACUCUUAUUGGAACCAACAAUCAAACAGCUGGAGGCCUCAAAAUCAACGUCGUCGACGUAGAUAUCCGCAGUUUAAUCCUUAUGUCAAUGAUUGCAUUAACCCUAGAAAUUUGGCGAAUGCCGAGUUAGACUCCACGGAUAAUUCAUACACAAAGGCAUCAUCAUCUUAUGCGCUUACAACUGCUUUCGACGAGAGCAGCUCCUUCGUUUCAUUACAAACAUCUACCAGUUGUAAUCGUAACGGUGGUGAUUCUAUCCACAAGACAUUACAAUAUUUGCCCCGCUGUCAUAAGCUAUAUAAAAAUAGAGCACUAGAUUCAAACAUGAGAACUUAUCCAUUAUUCGAAACGGAGGUGAACGACCUGCUCUCUUUACAAAUAUGGCCGACCUUGGAGGCUAAAUCACAUUUGUUAUCUCUAGAAAGGACACAUUUGAGAAAGAUGUGUGUGUUGAAUGGGUCAUCGCCCUCGGCGUAUGCUCAAAUGGCGGCUAACAGAGUAAUCAAACACGCACGUGACCACAAAGUGCUUGCCGAGAAGAAACUCUGGUGUCUCAACUGUGACCGCAUCCCGAUACAACCCGUGACCAGUCAAUGCGGGCACACCAGAUGCACAAAAUGCACUAUGUACAACGGCGACUGUCCUUGCGGAGGAAUUGCGCCCGAUAAGUUGUGUGUCAACGUUGCUACUCAGCAGUUGAUUGAAAGAAUGUUCAACGGUUGCAACACAAGAGAUAUGAGAGCAGCGCUUGACAGAGGAGUUCUGGAUUGCGGAGUAUUACCGCCAGUGCGAUCAAGUAAAGUAGCAGCUACAAAAACACGAAACAGUUUGGUGGCGUAUUCGCGGAUGCAACGCCGAUCGCCGACGGAAUCAGCCGCCUUUCCAAUGUCGGCCAGGACGGGACGACUCGCUGUGUCUCCUCGCACGCCUAUGACGCCACAGGUCCGAUUUAAAUAUGCCCGCUCCUUAAUCGAGAAUGGGCAAUUAAAAGAAGCGGCGACACAUCUUGCAAGAGUUGCAGCAUCACCAGAUAAAAUGAGUAAAAUAGCGCGGGUGUUACUUGCUCAGACUAUAGAUGCAUUAUCAGAGGGCAAGGACCCACGUCGUCUCAUACGCGAACUCAAUCGCAUGACUCGUGCACAAAGUGCCACAUCGUGGCUUCGAACAUCGGACCUCGAAUGUCCGCUUUGCUACAACGUGUACAUAAAACCUGUGACCACACCAUGCGGCCACACAUACUGUCGCACUUGCCUAGAACGGCUGCUUGACUAUAGCAAAUAUUGCGCACUUUGUGUAAGCAAAUUGGACGAGUUCGAUUUACUAUCGACGGCGGACACAAUAUUUAUUUCGGCCGCACUCGAGGCUAUCGACGCCAGAUGCCCGCCUCCACCGCUGGAACCCGACGUAAUUCCUAUAUUAGUGUGCACAGUCGCUUUCCCAUCAAUUCCUUGCCCGUUAUUCAUGUUCGACCCCAGAUACUGGAUAAUGGUUCGUCGGAUAUUGGAUUCGGGGUCGCGAAAAUUUGGCAUGCUGGCCCACGAGAAGUAUCGCAAUGACGCCGAUUAUUACGGCACCGUAUUAGAAGUAUGCGAUUGCGUCCUACUGGAGGACGGAAGCUUUAUACUGUCGACAGUAGGGUUGUCACGAUUCAAAGUUAUCGAGAAGCACGUUUGGGAUGGUUGCGACGUCGCGAGAAUUGAGCCGCUGGUCGACAAACUUCCGUCAGAAGAUUUGGCCAUUUGGAAGAUUCGCAAUAUGGCGUGGAUAACUUCUUACAAAGCUCAAGUAUGGUUGAACACUGUGAAUGAAGCCGUUCGUGAGUCAAUAGAGGCUGCCUUCGGAGAGCUACCGAGCUACUUUGGCACGGACGAAAGUUGGUUACAGUCACCUGACGGGCCGGCCUGGCUUUGGUGGUUUAUCGCGAUUUUGCCUCUCAAACCGGAAAUAAAGGUAUUGAUUUUAUCAACUAAAUGCUUACUGAAGCGUCUAAUGGCUGUUUCACGUACAUUUGAUGUCAUGGAACAUAUGACUAAGAACUACACUAUGAGAUGGGGCUGUGAGUGA